AUGAAUUUACUAGCCAACAGACCGGUAUUCAGAUGCUUAGGCAAUCUACUAAGCCGAGCGAUUAGUACAGGAGCACCUUUGAAAGCCCUGGAUGGCGAAGGAAAGACUACCGUACACAUUUUAAAUAAAGAUGAAGAUCUUGGACUGAUGGUAGAUGGAUAUAGUCAGGUUGGAUUUAGACUAAAUAACAAUUUGACUAUCCUUGGACCCAUGGUGAUAUUUCAAAGAUCUGUCCUAGCUUGGAACAUAAGUGGCGUAACUGAAGUCAACGAAGAUUCCCUAUCGUUAUUUAAAGUUUUAGAACCAAAACUUGAUAUUAUAGUCAUUGGUACUGGCGAUUGCGCAGAUACACAUUUGGUAUAUAAGAAUUUGAUGGACUUUUCUAGAAAAUACAAAAUCAAUUUGGAAAUUCUUCCAACAGAAUCCGCGUGUCCUACUUUUAAUUUUUUGAAUGCCGAAGGACGUAAUGUUGUUGGUGCGUUAAUUCCUCCAGGAACUGUGAGGUAUACUGCAGACGACGAGCUAACGUCGAAGAUGAGAUACCAGAAUGUAUUAGUUGAUGAUUAA